CUUACGGGAAAAAGGGAGACAAGGGUGAUCCUGGGGUCCCUGGAUCGCCAGGUGAAAAGGGAGCAAGGGGAAUGUUAGGUUUUCCCGGUCCCUCUGGCGGUGAAAAGGGAGACAGAGGACUAGCAGGGCCUCCUGGUGGUCCGGGACAGCCGGGAAUACCUGGCGUGUCUGGUAGAAGGGGAAAAAAGGGAGAUCGCGGGUUUCCUGGACCUGUGGGUCCCAGGGGGACUCCAGGGCCGGCGGGGGUGCCCGGAAAACCGGGGUCUAACGGAGUGGCUGGACCGGCUGGAGGCAAAAAAGGCGACAAGGGUACGCGAGGACCUCAAGGACCACCCGGGCAGUGUAACUGUAUCAACGGACUGCAGAAUCCUUCCACUUCCAUGAUGAGUAUUCAGUGGGUUGCUGAUGAAAAAGAGAUGAACAGAAUCUCCCAGGAGGGGAUGAUUGUCUACAGAGGAGACAUCAAACGGCUUUAUCUACGUGAUGAUGUGCAGUGGCGCCCCGUGCGGACGUCCUACUGUGGAGACGGCAUCGUGGAUGAUGAGGCGGGAGAAGAAUGUGACGACGGCAACCAAAUCAGCACAGACAGCUGCAUCGGUUGUAAGCGGUCAUUUUGUGGAGACGGGAACCGCCAGGCGGCGAUAGAGGAGUGUGACAUGGAAGACUUCGGUGGGCUGACGUGCGAGUCCUACCUACCCGGGUCCCUGGGUAUUCUACUGUGCAACGGUCGGUGCAAAAUCGACUCAAGCAACUGUUUUUAUCCGAGAGGAUAAUUUUCAUUCGUCAGACAAAAGGCGUAUACAUGUACGUGUCAUCCAAUGGAUGAUAAAUGGUGCUUUUGUACACUGCAUGGGUUUAUAUCCAA